AUGUUCGGCACUUUGGGUGGAGCUUUUCGCCAUAAUGGGUCCGGGUUAUCCCGAUAUGUGCGUCGAUUGUCAAGUAUGGGAGUAAAUCCCUUCAAAUCGUUGCGCAAGACUUUGGGGGCAACUAGAAAGCAAUACUUCGCGCUGCGUGAGUUGGAUGAUCCGCGUUUUCUGCAACUGCCAUAUUCGAUUCGCAUUUUGCUGGAGUCUGCCGUACGCAACUGCGAUGAAUACUCUACGACAAGUGGGCAUGUGGAAAGCAUUUUGGGUUGGAGUGACACGUCCACCAAACAGACGGAGAUCCCAUUUGUUCCUGCUAGAGUGUUACUACAAGAUUUCACUGGUGUUCCUACGAUAGUUGACCUUGCGGCGAUGCGUGAAUAUGUUGCUCGCUCUGGAAAGGAUCCUAAAACCAUUAACCCCUUGGUACCUGUUGACUUGGUGAUUGAUCACUCUGUUCAAGUUGACUUCAGCCGUAAUGCAUCGGCUCUUAAGAUGAACCAGGAUACGGAGAUGGGUCGCAAUUCCGAACGUUUCCGUUUUUUGAAAUGGGGAGCCCAGACAUUUAGCAACACCUUGAUCAUACCUCCUGGAUCCGGUAUCGUCCACCAGGUGAACCUUGAGUUCCUAGCGCGAUCCAUUUUCGAGCGUGAUGGUUUGCUGUUCCCCGACUCCGUGGUGGGUACAGACUCUCACACUACUAUGAUUAAUGGUUUGGGUGUCCUAGGUUGGGGUGUAGGUGGAAUUGAAGCUGAAGCCACCAUGUUGGGACAGCCAAUCUCUAUGGUUCUUCCUCAGGUGGUGGGAUUUGAGCUUGUAGGCAAACCUCCUUCUGACGUGUUUUCCACUGAUAUUGUUCUGGCCAUCACAUCACUUUUACGUUCUGGUGCCGGUGUUGUUGGUAAGUUCGUGGAGUUUGUCGGUGAGGGUGUACAACACCUUUCUCUUGCUGACAGGGCGACUAUUGCCAACAUGGCACCGGAAUACGGUGCUACAAUGGGUUUCUUCCCCGUUGAUGGAUUAACUCUAGAGUACCUAAAACAAACAGGUCGUCCCUCCGAAAAGGUUGAGUUGUUGGACCUCUAUGCCCGUGAGAACCACAUGCACGCUGGUGUGGGCGAUUCAUCUGAAAUCAAAUACUCCUCUAUAGUGCGCCUUGAUCUGAGCACGCUACGUCCUUCUAUUGCUGGCCCCAAACGUCCACAGGACAAUAUUUUGGUGUCCAAGGUAAAGCAUACGUUUAGCGAUUUGUUGUCAUCUAAGGACAAGGGAUAUGGCGUCUCGACUAGUGAGGGUCCUCGUAAAUUUGAGUACAAGGGUCGUUCCUAUGAACUGGACCACGGUUCGGUAGUUAUUGCUAGCAUCACGUCUUGCACCAACACUAGCAACCCAAGUGUGAUGUUGGCUGCUGGUAUGUUGGCCAAGGCUGCAGUUGAGCAUGGUUUGGAGGUUGCACCUUAUAUCAAGACUUCACUUUCUCCAGGUUCCAAGACAGUUACUCGUUACUUGGAGCUGAGUGGAUUGAUCGAACCCCUUGAGAAGCUCGGUUUUUACAUCGCUGGUUACGGUUGCAUGACCUGCAUUGGUAACAGUGGUGAGUUGGAUAGUGAGGUUUCGGAUUGUAUCAACAACAACGGUUUGGUGGUGUGUUCCGUACUUUCUGGCAACCGCAACUUCGAGGGUCGUGUUCACCCGUUCACUCGUGCUAACUUUUUGGCUUCCCCACCUUUGGUUAUUGCCUACGCAUUGGCAGGUCGCAUCAACAUUGACCUAGUUAACGAGCCUUUGGGUGUGAGCAGCAAGACUGGCAAACCUGUCUUUUUCAGUGACCUGCUACCUUCGAAGGAGACAGUCGCAAGUUUGGAGCAACGCUUUUUGAAACCUGAAUUGUUCAAAGAGGUGUACGCGAACAUUACCAACGGUAGCGAUGCGUGGAGGGCACUGGAAGCUCCAAAAGCUGAGUUGUACCCAUGGGACCCGUCAUCCACUUACAUCCACCAUCCUCCAUACUUUGAGAAGAUGAGUGCUCCUCGGGAGAGCAGCAUUUCCGAUGCUCGCGUUCUCCUGCUGUUGGGAGAUUCGAUCACGACUGACCACAUAUCUCCCGCAGGCAAUAUCGCCAAAACCUCCCCUGCCGCUCAGUUUUUAAUGUCUCGCGGUGUGGAACCCAAGGACUUCAACUCUUACGGUUCUCGUCGUGGUAACGACCAGGUGAUGGUACGUGGCACUUUCGCCAACAUCCGUCUCUCCAACCUUUUGUGUCCGAACCAAGGACCGAAGACUGUGUUCCACCCGACUGGUGAGGUUAUGAGUGUAUUUGACGCAUCUGAACGUUACCGUGAAUCCAAGACUAGUUUGGUGGUGGUUGCUGGAAAGGAAUACGGUUCCGGCAGUUCUCGUGACUGGGCAGCUAAGGGCCCUGCACUUUUGGGUGUCCGUGCAAUCCUUGCUGAGUCGUUUGAGCGCAUCCACCGCACCAAUUUGGUUGGUUUAGGUAUUUUGCCACUUCAAUUUUUGCCCGGUGAAACGGCAUCAUCUCUCGGUAUCACAGGUCGUGAAAAGUUCACGAUCGAUGGAUUGGAUAACCUCACUCCAGGUGCUUUAGUUCGUGUGAAGUGUGACACUGGUCUGUCGUUCGAUAUGCGAUCUAGGAUCGACACUGCGCUUGAGCAGCAAUACUUCGAGCAUGGAGGUAUCUUACAAUAUGUGCUUCGCCGUAUAUGCGGGGAGUAA